AGUGGGACCUGGCCGAAUGAGGCGCGUCUCUGGCCCGCCGCAGCCGAUCCACGGACCAAAUAAUUUCGAAGGCGCCGCGGUACCGUGAAGAGACCGACCGACAUGGCCUCAUUCGCCGAGCGAGCUUGAGCUUGAGGCUUGGGCUGCCCUUCCUGACAGACCACCGAGGCUGGAGACGGAUCUCAAUGGAGCUGAGCGACUUUGACAGGGCGUUGCAGCCGCCAGACGCGCUCGAGCCGGAACCGGCCACGCCGCCGCCCGACGAGCACAAGUUCGCCCUGCCCUUCAUCCUCAACGUGCCGGCCGCGGCCGCAUCUGUGGGCGCCAUCAGCUCCAGCGGCAGCGCGACGCAGCUCAGCAAGGAGGAGAAGAAGCGCCGCCGCACCUGCAAGCACGAGGGCUGUCGCAACUACAUCGUGCACAAGGGGCUCUGCUGUCGCCACGGGGUGAGUCUCUGUCUCUCUCUUUGUCUGUGUCUGCGUGUGGGACUGCUUAGUCAGCCACGUGGGGUCCGUCCCGGGGCCGUGGACGCGAUGGUGACACUCACGCGGACACUUGUUACUGGCCCCUCUGUCCACUGUGGCUCGCAGGGCGGCAAAAAGUGUACGCUGGAGGGCUGUUCGACCAGCGCCAAGCACCGCGGAUUGUGCUGGAAACACGGCGGCUCUGUAAAGUGCAAGGAGGUCGGCUGCGACAAGAAGGCCAAGGCGCGAGGGCUCUGCUGGGCCCACGGCGGAGGCACCAAGUGCCGCAACACCGGGUGCGCCAAGGUGGCCGUCUCCAACGGAUUCUGCUGGGCGCACGGCGGCGGCAAGCGCUGCGAGGUCAAGAACUGUAUCAAACCGGCAUACGAACGCACGCACAACUUGUGCGAGAAGCACUUUGUGCAGUUGCGUCACGCCAACUACUAUGAGCUGUGAAUUGAUGCAAGUCGAGAGGAGAGGAAGGCUCGAUAGACAUCAGAGUGCGGCUGUGACAGCAGCUUGGAGCGAAAGAAGCUACCAGAGCGUUGAUCAGACUGCAUACGACAGCGACCAGCGGAAGAGGUUGCAGCAACUACGUCGCAGGAUCCCUCAUUAGGCGGACGUUCACCUGCUUCACUGCACGGUGUAAGCACUAAAUAGCUUGCUCAAACGACAUCUAUGUCGUUAGAUUACUGUUUGCCAAGACGUAGAAAUACAGACUGGAGUGAUUGAGACUGGCG